AUGUGUCAUCAAUCCACCGUGACCCUUAAACACUACUUCAGCAGGACAGAGUCCGUGAGAUCCACCGUUUCGACGGCCUCCAGGUGUUGCUGGAAGGAUCGGCUUGUGCGACCAACACGGCGGUUGAACGAGGAUCUCUACAUCCAAGACCUACGUCACCUCUGGAGGAAUGUGCUCACAGCUAUGAGACACUUGCAGGUUGAGGACGUUAUCCUUUUCCCGUUCGGAAUGGGUGCUUUCCUGCGACACCUGAACCUAAACGACGAUCGGUACGAGGAUGCGAGCAGCAUGCGAAGAUUGAAACGGAGAAUCGCCGAUGAGCUUAUGCAUGCCAUUGUCGACAUAUGCUCGCCAAAGUCCAAGGCCGCUCCGAAGGCCUCAGCACCCUUCGAAACCAGAGUGCACCUCUGUCUUGUCUGUGUCAACCCAGAGAGCGUAGACAACCACAACUGUUUCGUCGAGGCAGCAGCGGCUCGGGCAAAGGGCUGCCCAGAGCUGAAAGAGAUCCUCCAAUUGAGGCGCAACGUCGAUUCCUUGCAGCUUGCCCACGAGCUGGCGAAGAAGUCAGGUUCUGGCAAGCUAAAGGUCGCUCUGCUCAAUGGUGCCAACCGGAAGCUUUGCGGAAACCAUUGGUUUCAAAGUGGGGCUCGCUACGCCAUCGACGAGAACCUUCAUCGUCGCUCUGCGUCGCUUUCCAGAGCCUCCUUGCUGGUCAACUUUGAUACGGAGCCGAGGCCUCGCCGGGCCACGCAACUUCAGGAGACCGUGAAGUUUUUCAGUGGAACCGUGGUAGACUUGGCAAAGAAGAUGGAGCCCGACAAAGUCAGUGCUGUCCAGAAUCAGGACCUGGAACUUGCAGUACUGCCAGCUUGUUCCCAAAUAUGCAGAGACUUGGCCUUUGCGAACAGGAGGUGA